AUGGCUACCACUUCGCAUAUGUUCAUGUACUCUCUUACGGUCCAACAACCAACAGCCAUCACUCAAGCUAUUCUGGGUCAAUUCACUGGAACCAAGGAGCAACAGAUCAUCACCGCGUCAGGCUCGUCGUUGACCAUUCACCGGCCUGACCCAUCACAGGGGAAAAUCACCCCAAUCUUCUCCACAGAUGCCUUUGGCAUUAUCCGAUCGCUAGCAUCCUUCCGAUUGGCGGGCAGCAGCAAAGAUUAUGUUGUCAUCGGAUCCGACUCUGGACGAAUCGCGAUCGUUGAGUACUCCCCUACACAGAAUCGCUUCAACCGAAUCCACUUGGAAACAUUUGGAAAGUCUGGAGUGCGCCGUGUCGUCCCCGGGCAGUAUCUUGCGGUGGAUCCGAAAGGACGUGCCUGUCUGAUCGCAUCUGUGGAAAAGAACAAGCUGGUCUAUGUUCUCAAUCGCAAUUCGCAGGCAGAGCUCACCAUCUCUUCCCCCCUCGAAGCUCACAAGCCACAAACCCUGGUUUUUGCUAUGAUUGCCUUGGAUGUGGGCUAUGAGAAUCCUGUCUUCGCUGCCCUUGAAGUGGAUUACUCGGAAGCCGACCAGGAUCCAACUGGCCAGGCCUUCGAAGAACUCGAAAAAGUCCUAGUGUACUACGAACUGGAUCUCGGUUUGAACCAUGUCGUUCGAAAGUGGUCAGACCCAGUGGACCGAACUGCCUCCAUCCUCUUCCAAGUACCUGGUGGCGCUGAUGGCCCCAGUGGUGUCUUGGUAUGUGCUGAAGACAAUAUCACCUACCGACACUCCAACCAAGAUGCAUUCCGCGUUCCCAUCCCGCGUCGCACCGGACCCACCGAGAAUCCCGAACGGAAGCGUUCGAUCAUAUCCGGAGUCAUGCACAAGAUGCGAGGAGCCUUCUUUUUCCUUCUCCAGUCGGAUGACGGUGACCUGUUCAAGUUGACACUUGAAAUGGUUGAGGAUGACAAUGGACAGGCUACAGGAGAAGUUAAGGCGCUGAAGAUCAAAUAUUUCGACACAGUUCCUGUCGCUACUCACCUUCUGAUUUUGAAGAGUGGUUUCCUCUACGUUGCUAGCGAAGCCGGUAACCACAACUUCUAUCAGUUUGAAAAACUCGGUGACGAUGACGAAGAGAUUGAGUUCUCAAGUGACUCUUUCUCAGCUGAUCCUGCUGUGCCCACUGCUCCCAUCUUCUUCCGUCCCCGGGGCGCGGAAAACGUCAACCUCAUGGAGAGCCUCAACUCCUUGACUCCCUUGAUUGACAGCAAAAUCACCAAUCUCACCCAAGACGAUGCUCCUCAGAUAUACACAAUUUGUGGUUCUGGAGCUCGCAGUUCCUUCCGCACCCUGAAGCACGGACUUGAGGUGUCGGAGAUUGUGGAAUCCGAUCUUCAACAAGUCCCUUCGGCAGUGUGGACUACCAAGGUAACUCGUGCGGAUGAGUAUCACAGCUACAUCAUUCUCUCUUUUGCCAAUGGUACCCUUGUCCUGAGCAUCGGAGAAAUUGUCGAGGAAGUUUCAGAUACUGGGUUCCUAUCUACUGCUCCCACACUCGCCGUGCAACAGCUCGGAGAAGAUUCAUUGCUUCAAGUUCACCCUCGUGGUAUCCGUCACAUUCUCGCCGAUCGACGAGUAAACGAGUGGCCUGCGCCCCAGCACAGAUCUAUUGUUGCUGCUGCUACCAACGAACGCCAAGUUUGUGUGGCUUUGAGCUCUGGUGAAAUUGUCUACUUCGAAUUGGAUGCUGAUGGUACUCUGGCCGAAUACGACGAGCGUCGACAAAUGUCUGGCACCGUCACAUCCCUCAGUCUUGGCGAGGUCCCCGAAGGCCGAGUCCGGAGUUCCUUCUUAGCCGUUGGCUGUGAUGAUUCUACUGUUCGUAUUCUCAGUCUCGAUCCCGACUCAACUCUCGAGAACAAGUCUGUUCAGGCUUUGACGUCUGCGCCAUCUGCCCUUCAAAUCAUGGCUAUGGCCGAUUCAAGCUCUGGAGGCAGCACCCUUUAUCUUCACAUUGGUCUUUACUCUGGAGUUUACCUCCGCACUGUCCUGGACGAAGUUACUGGCGAGCUUUCAGAUACCCGAACUCGUUUCAUUGGUGCCAAGCCCGUGAAACUGUCUCAAGUGUCUGUGAAGGGCCAAACUGCCGUCCUUGCACUGAGCGCUCGCCCGUGGCUCGGAUAUUCUGACGUCCAGACCAAGAGCUUCAUGCUCACCCCCUUGGACUAUGUUGGUCUUGAGUGGGGAUGGAACUUUUCUAGUGAGCAGUGUGUGGAAGGAAUGAUUGGUAUCCAAGGCCGAAACCUAAGGAUUUUCUCUGUGGAGAAACUCGACAACAACAUGCUGCAAGAGUCUAUUCCGCUUGCCCACACACCUCGACGAUUCGUCAAGCACCCGGAACAACCACUCUUCUAUGUCAUCGAAUCCGACAACAACGUUCUCUCUUCCGCCACUCGCCAGAGACUUAUUGAGGAUUCUCAGGCUCGCGAUGGUGAAGUUGCAGAGCUCCCACCGGCCGAAUUCGGGUAUCCUCGCGGAACUGGGCACUGGGCCUCAUGUAUUCAAGUCGUUGACCCAGUCACCACCAAGUCUGUCGUCUUCACUCUCGACCUCGAGGACAAUGAAGCAGCCGUCAGCCUCGCUGCCGCGAACUUCUCGAGCCAAGACGAUGAAACCUUCCUGGUCGUCGGUACGGCGAAGGACAUGGUUGUCAGCCCUCCCUCAUCCAAGGGAGGCUUCAUUCAUAUCUACCGCUUCCAAGAUGAUGGCCGCGAUUUGGAGUUCAUUCACAAGACAGAGGUGGAGGAGCCUCCCCUAGCUCUUCUCGGUUUCCAAGGACGUCUGCUUGCAGGUGUUGGCACCAGCCUUCGUCUCUAUGACCUCGGUAUGAAGCAGUUGCUUCGAAAAUCUCAGAAGGAUGUUGUGGCGAAGACGAUUGUCGGUCUUCAGACCCAAGGAAGCCGCAUCGUUGUCAGCGACGUUCGCGAAAGUAUCACCUAUGUUGUUUACAAACACCAAGACAACGUUCUCGUUCCUUUCGUCGAUGAUUUCAUCGCACGUUGGACUUCGGCGACUACAAUGGUCGACUACGAGACUACUGCGGGUGGUGACAAGUUUGGUAACCUUUGGUUGCUGCGCUGCCCACGCAAGGCCUCUGAUGAAGCCGACGAGGAUGGUUCGGCCGCCCAUCUCCAGCACGAAAAGGGUUAUCUCCAAGGCACUCCGUACCGCUUCGACUUGAUGAUCCAAUACUAUGUCCAAGACAUCCCGACAAGCAUUCACAAGACUCAGUUGGUUCCCGGAGGUCGAGACAUCUUGGUUUGGACCGGUCUCCACGGCACCAUUGGAAUGCUUGUCCCCUUCAUGGGCCGUGAGGACGUCGACUUCUUCCAGCUUCUGGAGACCCAAAUGGCUACUACCCAGCCACCUCUCGCUGGUCGUGACCAUCUGAUGUAUCGCAGUUACUAUGCGCCUGUGAAGGGUGUCAUCGAUGGAGAUCUCUGCGAGAUGUAUCUCCUUUUGCCUAACGACACGAAGAUGAUGAUCGCUGCGGAGCUUGAUCGCUCAGUUCGUGAGAUCGAGCGCAAGAUUUCGGAUAUGCGAACACGUGUGGCCUAUUAA